AUGCAGUCCCCGAGAAUUCCAGGUCGAAAAAGAGGAAGACCCCCACUCCAUUCAAGUCCCAUGAAAAUGGCCGUUCAUAAUCUUUACGCUUCGCCUCCUGGUUCUUUGCCAGUUGUGAAGAUCCCAAAGAAGCGAGGGAGAAAACCUGGAUAUAAACUGAAAUCUCGUGUUCUAAUGACUCCUUUAGCAAUCUCCCCACCAAGAAGCACCCCAGAACCUGAUAUUAGUUCAAUCCCCCAGGACGCGGCUACAAUUCCCAACUCAGCAGCACCACAAGCCCUCACAGUCUGCCUUUAUGUCAACAAGCAAGCGAAUGUGGGGCCAUACCUUGAGCGAAAGAGAGUGCAGCAACUUCCAGAUCAUUUUGGACCUGAACGACCUUCUAUGGUGCUACAGCAGGCAGUUCAGGCAUGCAUUGAUUGUGCCCACCAGCAAAAGACUGUCUUCUUGCUUGUCAAGCAGGGCUACGGAGGUGAAAUGGUGUCAGUUUCUGCCUCUUUUGAAGGAAAACAGCACCUUUUGAGUCUCCCGGUUGUGAACAGUAUCGGUUACGUUUUGCGAUUCCUCAAAAAGCUUUGCCGUAACUUAUUGUGCGACAAUCUUUUCAGCAACCAGCCUUUUCCUCAAUAUAACACUUCUGAAAACCCAGAAGAGUAUGAAAAUGGUCAGAUGGAAUCAGCAGAAACAGUUAUACCCGAAGACUAUCUGGUUGAUCCGCUGGCCACAAAGCACUAUGGCAUUGAUCCCUCUGAUUCAGCAUUUAAUUGCAUGGGAUCCUUGUACUCUAUGAGACAGAGUUCUGGAGAUGGACGACAUGCUGGAGGAUCAUCGUCCUCUUGCAGUCAUCGUUCUGCUCAGAUGGCUUCUGGAGGACCAUCAACUGCUAGUCUGAGGCAUCAAACGUCAAGUCCAACCCGAAAUGGAACCACUCUGGAAGGAAACAGAAAUGCUUCAAGUCCAUCUCCAGAAAGACAGGAUGUAACAAGGCCCGUGAGCAAAAAUCCUUUGACCUGGACUGUCGAUGAUGUGGUUUGGUUUGUUAAAGAUGCAGAUCCUCAUGCUUUAGGACCCCAUGUGGAGCUCUUCAGGAAACAUGAGAUUGAUGGCAAUGCGUUGUUGCUACUGAAAAGCGACAUGAUCAUGAAAUAUUUGGGCCUGAAGCUGGGACCAGCACUCAAACUCUGCUAUCACAUUGAUAAAUUGAAACAAGCCAAGUUCUGA